AGUAAAACGGAAAUGAAGAGGAUUACAAUUUAGUGUGCCUACCGCCUUAUUAAGAUUCCGUCUCCAACACGUUCUAUUUUGUGUUCAGUCCGCUGACCGUGCGAGCGACGCUGCUAUGGCUGCAGCCGCCGCCGCCGCCAAUCCUCCAGGCUUUCCCACCAAGACCCGCGUGGCUAUCCUGGCCGAGCUGGACAAGGAGAAGCGGCGGCUGCUCCAGACUCAGUCCAUGAGCGAGCCCGGAGCCAACACGCCGCUGACCUCCAGAGGCGGUGCGGCGAAGGAGGCGAGGGACAGCGCGGAGCAGCAGCACAUCGCCGCCCAGCAGAAGGCCGCCUUGCAGCACGCCCACGGACACUCGUCCGGCUUCUUCAUCACCCAGGACUCGUCGUUCGGGAACCUCAUCCUCCCGGUGCUUCCCCGCCUGGAGCCCGACUUGUAGUCAGGUUGUGGCCGCUCCCCACAGUCUGUUGGACUGAACAGCUCAUCCCAAGCGUCCCAUUGUCACAUUUGUCUGUACUGAGGAAUUCAGGUUGAGAACGACUUCAGCGCGUUUCAUUUUAGACAUUAAAUAUAAAA